ACCUGCAAUCGUCACAGCUGCUUCAGCCCAAGACUUCUGCAGCAGUGUCGUUUUCUGACGGCCUAACCCAACCCGCUGCCAACUGGCAAUGACGGUGUGGCUCAAAGACAUGGAAGUCGGCCCCACGGAGAAAGAGUUAGUCCGACCUCUUCUUAUUUUUUUUCCUCCGUAAAUAUCGUCAGUCCCAAGCUCUCUGCUUUGGAAAUUUUCUCCCACCACUUCUCACAAUGUCGGAUAUAACCAUGGAUCUCUCAGACGAGCAAAUCGACAGGCUCCUGUCUGAGGCGGAGUCUCGUCUCGCAGUUCAAGACUCUCCAGUUGCUGCUCCGUCGAACCGAAACAAGUCGGCUAUUCCAUCAGCCUCGACGGCAGUUGUGAGUACAACUGAGCUGCCCAAGGGACAGGCAAAGCUCCCAGAAGGCAUGACUGUCAGGGUUCCCAAACCCCCCAAAACCAAGAAAAGGGAUAUCCCAGAUAACGCUGGCACAAACUGGUUCAACAUGCCGAGAACAAGCAAUGACCCCCAGGUGAAAAGAGAUCUCCAAAUACUCAAACUCCGGGGCGUUCUUGCGCUGGGAAAACAGCAUUUCAAAAAUGAUACCCGGAAGGACCCUAUCCCCAAAUUCUCACAGGUUGGGACACUGGUCGAGGGCCCGACCGACUUCUACAACGGCCGCCUGAACCGCAAGGAGAGGAAGCGCACGUUGGUGGAAGAGGUUCUUUCAUCGGGCACAACGCUUGCCAACCUCGAGCUCUCCUGCAACAUUCGAGGGUCCCGACGAGAUCAUGCAGAGAUGAAUGCGCCACCAUUACUACGACCGUUACGGCACUUGUUGCAGAGGCGGCUGCAACUCGCGACGGCUCGGCCAGUCCACCAUGCCUUCACAAAUCCGCCCGGACAAGUUCGAACAAAUACGUCGGUAGCGACCGGAAGCGAAGCCACUACAUCGACGACAAAUGAGCUGUCGGACCCAGCCACCGAGGCAACGGAAGCGAAGGAUCCUCGCUACCCGCGCAGCUUGCAGGCGCUGUACCUGAAGCCGCUGCGGCGCGAGGCCGAGUUUGGGGUGCCGAGCUGCGACCUACAGCUGCGGUCGUACUCGGUGCGCAACCUCGAGUUUUUCUGCGACUUCGCGCUGCGGGCGGCGUACUAUCUGGGCCUGCCGGCGUUCGGGCCCGUGCCGCUCCCGCGGAUGACGGAGCGGUGGACGGUGCCCAAGAGCAACUUCAUCUUCAAGAAGUCGCAGGAGAACUUUUCGCGCAUCACGCUCCGCCGCCUGAUCCAGAUCCGUGACGGACACCCCGAGACGGUGCAGGUGUGGCUGGCAUUCUUGCAGAAGCAUGCGUACUACGGCAUUGGUAUGAAGGCGAACGUGUGGGAGUUUAGCAAGCUGGGUGUUGGUAAGGCAAUGGAUGACAGCGUGGCGGAUGUGUCAAAACUGCUGGAGGACAAGUGGGCCCACCUAGGACAGUCCAAGAAGAGCGAGGUGAAACCUGUUGAGAAGAUUGAAGAGCUCCUUACCAGCGAGAGGAUCAGGUACGCCGGUGACUCACUCACUACCCGUAUACGGGGAUUGGCCGCCCAGGUUGUGAAAAAUCUGCGGCGACUCGGCCAUAGUCGAGCAGCGUCUAGUGACGCGAGCAACAGCAGCAACAGGGUCGUCUUCUCGGGCAUCCAGCCGACAGGUGUGCCGCAUCUGGGCAACUACCUCGGGGCGCUGCAGCAAUGGAAGCGCAUGCAGGAUGAGGCUACUCCGGGGACCAAGCUCAUCUACUCGAUAGUCGACUUCCACGCCAUCACGGUCCCCCAGCAGGCCGCCAUGCUGAGGCAGUGGAAGCGCGAGAUGAUGGCUUCGCUGUUGGCCAUCGGCUUGGAUCCGGACCGGUCCAUUAUCUUCUACCAGUCGUCGGUCCCGGCCCAUUCGGAGCUCAUGUGGAUACUUAGCUGUACUGCUUCUGUGGGAUACCUCUCUCGCAUGACACAAUGGAAGAGCAAGUUGUCUCUGUCCGAGAACACGUCGUUCCUAGACGAGAAGGCGAAGUCUUCGCUCAAGCUCGGCCUCUUCUCCUAUCCUGUCCUGCAAGCCGCCGACAUUCUAGUGCAUAGAGCAACUCACGUCCCCGUCGGCGAAGACCAACGGCAGCAUCUAGAGUUCGCGCGGGAGUGUGCCACAAACUUCAACCACGCCUUCGGGCAACAUCUCAUCCUUCCAGAGACAAUCAUCUCACCCGCCCGCCGCGUCAUGUCCCUCCAAAAGCCGACGCACAAGAUGUCCAAGUCGCACGCGGACCCGCGCUCGCGCAUCCUGAUCACGGACUCGGAGGACGAGAUCCGGCGCAAGGUCUCCGCCGCGCUGACCGACAUGACCAACUCGGUCUCGUACGACCCGGACGCCCGGCCGGGCGUCUCCAACCUGCUCCGCCUGCUCUCGCUGUUCGAGGUCGACGGGCGCAGGGGCCCCGAGGAGCUGGCGGCGGAGCUCGAGGGCGCGAGCCUCGGGGCGCUCAAGGCGAGGGUGGCGGAUGCGGUUGUACGCGGGAUGGCGGGCGUUAGGGAGAGGUAUCACGAGUUUAUGGAGAUGGAUGGUGGCAGGUAUCUGGACGACGUGCAGGAGAAGGGCGCCGUGAAGGCUAGGGAGAGCGCGGGGGAGACGAUGAAGAUUGUAAGAUCAGCUGUGGGACUAUGACGCCGGGGUGGCCUCUCCGUUUUCCCCGUAUCUGUAAGAACAGACCUGUACUAUUAUAGCCUUUAUGACACAGGGGGUCUUUCCUCCAGCUUUCCAC